AUGCCAGACACUGCUGUGUUGGUCAGCGAGGAGCAGCGCUGCAUGCUGGACGGGAUGGGCGAGGAGAUUCUGCAACUUGUCUCACUUCAGAACGAGCUAACGGCUGAAGUGUGGGGCGAGUGGCUGCAAGUGCCCUUUGAGCGCGCUGCUGCUUACGGAGAGGUUGAGCUGGCCACGAUGCUGCUCAAGGCAGGGGCCAAAGGAAACGGAGUGGCCGCGGCUGCUCGGAAUGGCCAUCGACGUGUCGUCAGUGAGUUGCUUCAGCACGGGGCGUCUGUAGCUUCGAAGGACCGUCACGGUAUGGAAGCUAUCCAUAUCGCUGCCUGCCACGGCCACGACCUAGUCGUGCGAACGCUGCUAAUCGAAGGGGCCGACCCUGAUUCGUUUGACAGCAAUGGAAGAACGCCACUCUACGUGGCAUGUCGCCACGGCAAGGUGGCGGUGGCGAGAGCUCUCCUGGCCGCCGGGGCAAAUGUUUCUCUACGAGUUCUCAAGGAAGCCAAAUACGCCCCUUUGGACGUCGCAGCGGCGCAAGGCCAUGCGGAGGGGAUGAGGCUGCUAGUCGAGCGUGGGGCGGUGGUAACAGCGGUGGAUAGCAAAGGUCGUACGGCUCUCCAUUUUGCUGCUGAAUGCGGACAGGCAGCUGCCAUCGAGUACCUCGCAAAGACCACGGCUGAUCUCAACGCCACCGAUACCGAUGGGCACACACCUCUCUUGAUCGCAGCGUUACGAGGCCGGGAGCCAGCUGUGGACGCCCUCUGUGUUGCAGGGGCCGACACGUCCUGCCGUGCGAUGGCCUACCUGUGCGAAGAGCGUGACAGCUUCGCCGCGCUGGAUAUCGCCUCCUUCUACGGCAAUGUGUCCAUGAUGGAAACGCUGCUCAAACAUGGAGCUGACCCCAGUACGAGAAGUUGGCGCAACCUAACGGCUCUGCACAAGGCCGCCGAGGGAAACGAGGCGGAAGCGAUCGACGUGCUGAUCAAGGCCGGCGCCGUCAUUUCCGGGCCGGCUGGCUUCGACAGCCCUGUCCACUCGGCGGUGGAGGGGUGCGCGGCGGACGCAAUAGGGGCUCUCGCGCGUCACGGUGCAGACCUUGACUGGCACGAAGAGGCCGGCACAACUCCGCUCUUUCGGGCAGUACAAUGGCGGUAUUUAGAAGCCGUGAAAGCCCUGCUAGCUGCCGGAGCCAACCCCAACAUUUCCGGUAAUAGCGAGACGGUGCUCUUCGCCUCGAUUAGUUCCGAAAUCAGCGAAAUCGACUGGGGUGUACUUCUUGCGCUGCUUGAAUCUGGUGCGAAGGUCAAUGCUGCGAAUGACGACAGCGAUACCCCCCUGCACGCGGCAGCGAAAUGCGACCCCUGGGCUGUGCAUGCACUGGUCAGACUUGGGGCGAAGGUCGUGCCUGACUCGAAUGGCCGGACCCCCCUGCAUGCCGCCUGCAGCUUCCACAACCUGGAGACCGUGGCUGCCUUGCUGACGCACGGGCCGGCCAUCAACGCACUAGAUCAGAACGGCAACACCCCGUUGCACAUGGCAGUGGGAGCGGAAGCGGGCGACAACGGAGGAUCGAAGCUGGAGUUGUUGGAAAUGCUGGUGGCUGCGGGAGCAGAUCAACUGGCCAAGAACAAGGACGACGAUACCCCGGUCUCAAAAGCUUUAUCACUUUCACGUUAUGAUGUUGAGAAUAAUGAUGCGACUUUCGAGCAGAUACAUCAAUACCUGGUGCGAUCGUUGUGGUGGCGCCGUGGCCUCUUACUUGCGUGCCACGCAAGGCUUGAGCAGGAGGUGGGGCGCAACAAAGUUGCAAGGGUUGAGGAAGCGGGUGAUGCAGCUGCGGAUGACUUCAGGGGGCUCGUGGCGAACCUGUUCAGUUUGCGGGGGGGAAACGAAGAAAUUUUCCGAAACAUUCUGUGUUUCGUGUGA